AAAACAGUAAAACAUCAGUUUUCAAGUACUUUUAUAAGUUAUAAGUUCUCACUCAUCACAUUUCUAGACAGAGAAGAAAAGCAAAAAUGGCAUCCCAUGAUCAGAGUUACAAAGCUGGUGAAGCCAAGGGCCAAGCUGAGGAGAAGAGCAACCAAAUGAUGGGCUCAAUGGGGGAGAAGGCCCGUGUGGUGAAGGACAAGACAGAGGAUACCGCCCGUGCAGCGAAGGAUAAGACCUCGGAGACGUCCCAAGCGGCGAAGGACAAGAGCUACGAGACUGCCCAGGCGACCAAGGAGAAAACCAAGAGCGGGGCCCAAGCAGCGAGGGAGAAGACUUCGGAGGCGGCCGAUAAGACCGGGGAAAAGGCCCAUGAGGGGAAGGAGAAGACCAGUGGGAUUAUUCAGCAGACAGGGGAGCAAGUAAAGCAUAUGGCCCAAAGAACUGCUGAUGCUGUGAAAAGCACGUUUGGAAUGGCCCAAAACAGCGAGGAAGGGGAUGAUGACACUCCCACUGCUUACAAGACCAGGGACUAAAGUUGGAGUUUGAACCCUAAGUUUGGUCGUUUGUUGUUGUUGUUGUUCAUGUUUUUAAAAUUUGUGUGUCUUCUUUGUCGUUAGUUGUUUCUUUUGUUGGUGACAAAAAAUGUUGUGUAUUUCUUUAUUAUGGCUAUGGAAUAGUACUUAAACUGCAUUGAAAUGUGAGACAAAAUUUGGCUAUUGUCCCUUUGUUUGCCUUUUAUGCAUAAGAGAUGAUUCAGAAAUUUGAGUCGUAUUGUGGUGGCAAAUUCGU